CAUGUUGCGUUCGCAGGACUCCACUCAUGACUUCACUCUGACUCGACGCUCAACGAGUCGCAGAUCUUGCUCGCACCCACUGUGACCCAAUCUUGCCCAUUCGCCAUCCGUAUCAGGACAACAGCUCGUGCGACGACCCUCUGACUUAAGUUCAGACUCCUACAAAAGACACCAAGCGAGCCUAGCUUGGACGUACUACGAGAACUGGGCUUGCUCAGCCUCAGGCCUUCCAUAGGUGACUGCAAAACCUCGCACCCGGCUAUACAUUCGAUCUGGGGUGCUGAGUGCCGACAUUGGAAAGCGUACAGGGCCGAUAGCGGUACGAGCAGCGCGAUCCGACCGGUCAUCUUGAGGAUCAAGGGCGAUAGUAUGCGCUUACUGCGGCUCCACACCCUGGCUGCUCUAGCAGCUCUAGCUCCAACUUGCGUACUCGGCGCUUCCUUUACGCUCACCGAUGCCAAGCUGAGCAUCACCUCGUUAGACGGAGGCUCGACGCGCCUUUCAGAAAGUUUCACAGCCACUUCGACGCCUAAGCUCGAAAGACAGAAUUUGGCCGCAGAUGAAAUUCUUAGGUUGUCCUUUUCCGUCAAGGAUGCGAAUGGAGAAGUGGCUGUACCUGAUCAAGUAGCUGUCAAGGUGGACGACGAUAAACGAAAGAGCAUUGUCAAUGCCGUAGCGAUCAAACGAGGAAAAGCGGUGUACUCUCUGAAACCCGACAAAUUGUCUCAUCUGGGUCGAAGCAUCACCGUAUCCAUCCUCGUAGGCAGCGCCGACCCUUCUCUCGACCCUCUCAACCUGCACCUACUAGACUUGCUUCUCCCAGGUCCAGAGCCCACCACCUCCACCCAGUUGACUCAAAGGGCUCGCCUCGAACAGGAACAAGGCUUCAAACCUUGGCCUGCUCGUUUCCACACCUUCGGCAAACCAGCGGCAGAUUCGAUGCCUCCAAAAUCUUUGAGCGCCAUUUGGGCCGGUGCGGUUCUGAUCGUUCCUUGGACAGUACUGCUGGGAUUAUUGUCCAUCCUGCUCCCUUCCCUCUCUUUCAAAGCACCAAGCCUCUCCAUCAUCGCCCUGCUCCUCUCGCUCUGCUACCUGGAAAGCCUGGCAGCCGUGUACUGGUGGAGUCUGACCCUAUUCGAAAUGCUGCCUUGGUUAGCGCUAGGCGGAGUUGUGGCCACUCUUACGGGUAAGGAAGCGCUGGGUCAAUUGAGGAGGUGGAGAUUGCAGAGCAAGAGUGCGCAGGCUACAACAUGAGCCCCGCUUUUCGUUUCCGCUCGAGGUUGUCCUGGUCUGUGCGGAGACGAGCAUCAGUGGAGGGAUUGGCAGAGAAUGUUCAGGAGAGGGAAGGGGGAAAUCCAUCAUUUGUCCAGUUUUCCAUCCCCUUUUUUUUGCUCCUUGAUCCAUUCUCAUGUAGCUAGCUGCAGCACGAUGAGAUCAUCAGAAUGAACGCUCGACUUGAACAUCAAA